AGAAAGUCCCAGGAAGCCCGGUUGUGUCAUCGCCGCGAUUCGGCCCCCGCUUGGCCUGCUCCUGGCGCCGGCGGCGGCGGGGCCGCGGAAGGACUGGGCCGGGGGUGGAGGGGAGAGACGCUCGAGGGCGGCCGCGGCCGGAGGGACCGGGGCCCGGCGGGAGGCAGGGGUCGCUGGGUCCCUCCUCCGGCUCCCCGCAAUGAGGAGGGCCCUUCACAGAACCGGGGUAAGGCUUGCGGGUGUUGGGGAGCUCGGCGGGGGCCAAGGGGGGCCGGAAGUGGGCUUUGGAGCUUGGAGGGUGUCUGGGAAGAGAGAAAGUGGGGGGCCGGAAGUGCAGGUGGGGGGUGUGAAGACGGCAAGGGUUCCCCGGAAAUGGGACGAGGGGCCCGGAAAUCGGGAAAGGGGAGGCUCCGGGGCCAUGGACGGCCCGGAAAUGGAAACUAGGGAGCAGCUCGAGUGACAACAGUUGUGGGAAGCGAGGGUCAGAGGAGGGAGAGGCCGGAGUGACUUUAGACCGCAUGAAUGGUAGUGUCUAGAAAGGGUAUGUCCCUUCAAGAGAGAGGUGCCAAUGUCCAACCGGCCUAAUAACAAUCCAGGGGGGUCACUGCGACGUUCACAGAGGAACACUGCCGGGGCCCAACCACAAGACGACUCAAUAGGAGGAAGGUCACAUUUAGGGCAGGCAAAACAUAAGGGAUAUAGCCCUCCUGAGAGUAGAAAAUCUAAUUCUAAGGCACCCAAAGUGCAGUCUAAUACUACUUCCGAACUGUCAAGGGGACACCUUUCUAAAAGAAGCUGCAGUUCGUCAUCUGCUGUGAUAGUUCCACAACCAGAAGAUCCAGACAGAGCCAAUACUUCAGAAAGACAAAAAACGGGGCAGGUGCCUAAGAAAGACAAUUCUCGAGGAGUGAAGCGCAGUGCUAGUCCAGACUACAACAGGACCAAUUCUCCUAGCUCUGCAAAAAAACCAAAAGCACUUCAGCAUACUGAAUCUCCCUCAGAAACAAAUAAGCCACAUAGUAAGUCAAAGAAGAGACAUUUAGACCAGGAGCAACAACUGAAAUCUGCACAAUCACCAUCAACAAGCAAGGCUCAUACCAGAAAGAGUGGGGCCACUGGCGGUUCACGGAGUCAGAAAAGAAAAAGGACAGAGAGUUCUUGUGUAAAGAGUGGCUCCGGGUCUGAAUCAACUGGUGCAGAAGAGAGAUCUGCAAAACCUACCAAGCUGGCUUCAAAAUCAGCCACCUCAGCCAAAGCUGGGUGUAGCACCAUCACUGAUUCUUCUUCUGCUGCCUCUACGUCCUCCUCGUCUUCUGCUGUAGCCUCGGCCUCCUCCACUGUACCACCAGGUGCUAGAGUGAAACAAGGAAAAGAUCAGAACAAGGCCAGGCGUUCCCGUUCAGCAUCCAGUCCCAGCCCCAGAAGAAGUAGCAGGGAAAAGGAACAGAGUAAAACUGGUGGCUCUUCAAAAUUUGACUGGGCUGCUCGUUUCAGCCCUAAAGUUAGCCUUCCUAAAACAAAACUGUCUCUUCCAGGGUCUUCUAAGUCAGAGACAUCAAAACCUGGACCUUCUGGAUUACAGGCCAAAUUAGCAAGUUUAAGAAAAUCUACGAAGAAACGCAGUGAGUCUCCACCUGCUGAGCUCCCCAGUUUGAGGCGGAGCACACGCCAAAAGACCACGGGCUCCUGUGCUAGUACCAGUCGGCGAGGCUCUGGCCUGGGCAAAAGAGGAGCAGCUGAAGCUCGUCGACAGGAGAAAAUGGCAGACCCUGAAAGCAACCAGGAGGCAGUAAAUUCUUCAGCUGCUCGGACAGAUGAAGCUCCCCAAGGAGCUGCAGCCUCUAGUUCUGUUGCAGGGGCUGUUGGCAUGACCACCUCUGGGGAGAGUGAAUCAGAUGAUUCCGAGAUGGGACGUUUGCAAGCUUUGUUAGAGGCAAGGGGUCUUCCCCCUCACCUAUUUGGUCCUCUUGGUCCUCGGAUGUCACAGCUUUUCCAUAGAACAAUUGGAAGUGGAGCUAGUUCUAAGGCCCAGCAGCUACUACAAGGAUUGCAAGCCAGUGAUGAAAGUCAACAGCUUCAGGCAGUUAUUGAGAUGUGUCAGUUACUGGUCAUGGGAAAUGAGGAGACACUGGGAGGGUUUCCUGUCAAGAGUGUUGUUCCAGCUUUGAUUACGUUACUUCAGAUGGAGCAUAAUUUUGAUAUUAUGAACCAUGCUUGUCGAGCCUUAACAUACAUGAUGGAAGCACUUCCUCGAUCUUCUGCUGUCGUAGUAGAUGCUAUUCCUGUCUUUUUAGAAAAGCUGCAAGUUAUUCAGUGUAUUGAUGUGGCAGAGCAGGCCUUGACUGCCUUGGAGAUGUUGUCACGGAGACACAGUAAAGCCAUUCUACAGGCGGGUGGUUUGGCAGACUGCUUGCUGUACCUAGAAUUCUUCAGCAUAAAUGCCCAAAGAAAUGCAUUAGCAAUUGCAGCCAAUUGCUGCCAGAGUAUCACGCCAGAUGAAUUUCAUUUUGUGGCAGAUUCCCUCCCAUUGCUAACCCAAAGGCUAACACAUCAGGAUAAAAAGUCAGUAGAAAGCACUUGCCUUUGUUUUGCACGCCUAGUGGACAACUUCCAGCAUGAGGAGAAUUUACUCCAGCAGGUUGCUUCCAAAGAUCUGCUUACAAAUGUUCAACAGCUGUUGGUAGUGACUCCACCCAUUUUAAGUUCUGGGAUGUUUAUAAUGGUGGUUCGCAUGUUUUCUCUGAUGUGUUCCAACUGUCCAACUUUGGCUGUUCAACUUAUGAAACAAAACAUUGCAGAAACGCUUCACUUUCUCCUGUGUGGUGCCUCUAAUGGAAGUUGUCAGGAACAGAUUGAUCUUGUUCCACGAAGCCCUCAAGAACUGUAUGAACUGACAUCUCUGAUUUGUGAACUUAUGCCAUGUUUACCAAAAGAAGGCAUUUUUGCAGUUGAUACCAUGUUGAAGAAGGGAAAUGCACAGAACACAGAUGGUGCGAUAUGGCAGUGGCGUGAUGAUCGGGGCCUCUGGCAUCCAUAUAACAGGAUUGACAGCCGGAUCAUUGAGGUAGCAGCCCAUCAGGUCGGUGAGGAUGAGAUAAGCUUGUCCACUCUGGGACGAGUUUAUACUAUUGAUUUUAAUUCUAUGCAGCAAAUCAAUGAGGACACGGGAACAGCACGUGCCAUUCAGAGAAAACCUAACCCCUUAGCCAAUAGUAACACUAGUGGAUAUUCAGAGUCAAAGAAGGAUGAUGCUCGAGCACAGCUUAUGAAAGAGGAUCCGGAACUGGCUAAGUCUUUUAUUAAGACAUUAUUUGGUGUUCUUUAUGAAGUGUAUAGUUCCUCAGCAGGACCUGCGGUCAGACAUAAGUGCCUUAGAGCAAUUCUUAGGAUAAUUUAUUUUGCGGAUGCUGAACUUCUGAAGGAUGUUCUGAAAAAUCAUGCUGUUUCAAGUCACAUUGCUUCCAUGCUGUCAAGCCAAGACCUGAAGAUAGUAGUGGGAGCACUUCAGAUGGCAGAAAUCUUAAUGCAGAAGUUACCUGAUAUUUUUAGUGUUUACUUCAGAAGAGAAGGUGUAAUGCAUCAAGUAAAACACUUAGCAGAAUCAGAGUCUUUGUUGACAAGUCCACCAAAGGCAUGUACGAAUGGGUCAGGAUCCUUGGGAUCCACAACUUCAGUCAGCAGUGGGACGGCCACAGCUGCCACUCAUGCUGCAGCUGACUUGGGAUCACCCAGCUUGCAGCACAGCAGAGAUGAUUCUUUAGAUCUCAGCCCUCAAGGUCGAUUAAGUGAUGUUCUAAAGAGAAAACGACUGCCAAAACGAGGGCCAAGAAGGCCAAAGUACUCACCUCCAAGAGAUGAUGACAAAGUAGACAAUCAAGCUAAAAGCCCCACCACUACUCAGUCACCUAAAUCUUCUUUCCUGGCAAGCUUGAAUCCAAAAACAUGGGGAAGGUUAAGUACACAGUCCAACAGCAACAACAUUGAGCCAGCACGGACUGCGGGAGGUAGUGGCCUUGCCAGGGCUGCCUCAAAGGAUACCAUCUCCAAUAAUAGAGAAAAAAUUAAAGGUUGGAUUAAGGAGCAGGCACAUAAGUUUGUAGAACGUUAUUUCAGUUCUGAGAAUAUGGAUGGAAGCAACCCUGCAUUGAAUGUCCUUCAGAGACUUUGUGCUGCAACCGAACAACUCAACCUCCAGGUGGAUGGUGGAGCUGAGUGCCUUGUAGAAAUCCGUAGCAUAGUCUCAGAGUCAGAUGUUUCAUCAUUUGAAAUCCAACAUAGUGGAUUUGUGAAGCAGCUGUUGCUUUAUUUGACAUCUAAAAGUGAAAAGGAUGCUGUGAGCAGAGAGAUCAGAUUAAAGAGAUUUCUUCAUGUAUUUUUUUCAUCUCCACUUCCUGGAGAAGAGCCCAUUGGAAGAGUGGAACCAGUGGGUAAUGCACCUUUGUUGGCAUUAGUUCACAAGAUGAACAACUGCCUCAGCCAGAUGGAACAAUUUCCAGUCAAAGUACAUGAUUUCCCUAGUGGAAAUGGGACAGGAGGCAGCUUUUCUCUCAACAGAGGAUCACAGGCUUUAAAAUUUUUCAACACACAUCAAUUAAAAUGCCAGUUACAAAGACAUCCAGACUGUGCAAAUGUGAAGCAGUGGAAGGGUGGACCUGUCAAGAUCGACCCUCUGGCUUUGGUACAAGCCAUCGAGAGAUACCUUGUAGUUAGAGGGUAUGGAAGAGUAAGAGAAGAUGAUGAAGACAGCGAUGAUGAUGGAUCAGAUGAGGAAAUAGAUGAGUCUCUGGCUGCUCAGUUCCUGAAUUCAGGAAAUGUAAGACACAGGCUGCAGUUUUAUAUUGGAGAACAUUUGCUGCCGUAUAACAUGACUGUGUAUCAGGCAGUACGGCAGUUUAGUAUACAGGCUGAAGAUGAAAGAGAAUCCACAGAUGAUGAGAGCAAUCCUCUAGGCAGAGCUGGUAUUUGGACAAAGACUCAUACAAUAUGGUAUAAACCUGUGAGAGAGGAUGAAGAAAGUAAUAAAGAUUGUGUUGGUGGUAAAAGAGGAAGAGCCCAAACAGCUCCAACGAAAACUUCCCCUAGAAAUGCAAAAAAGCAUGAUGAGUUAUGGCACGAUGGAGUGUGCCCAUCAGUAUCAAAUCCUUUAGAAGUUUACCUCAUUCCCACACCACCUGAAAAUAUAACAUUUGAAGACCCGUCAUUAGAUGUGAUCCUUCUUUUAAGAGUUUUACAUGCUAUCAGUCGAUACUGGUAUUACUUGUAUGAUAAUGCAAUGUGCAAGGAAAUUAUUCCAACUAGUGAAUUUAUUAACAGUAAGUUAACAGCAAAAGCAAAUAGGCAACUUCAAGAUCCUUUAGUAAUCAUGACAGGAAACAUCCCAACAUGGCUUACUGAGCUAGGAAAAACCUGCCCAUUUUUCUUUCCUUUUGAUACCCGGCAAAUGCUUUUUUAUGUAACUGCAUUUGAUCGGGACCGAGCAAUGCAAAGAUUACUUGAUACCAACCCAGAAAUCAACCAGUCUGAUUCUCAAGAUAGCAGAGUUGCACCUAGAUUGGAUAGAAAAAAACGUACUGUGAACCGAGAGGAGCUGCUGAAACAGGCGGAGUCUGUGAUGCAGGACCUCGGCAGCUCACGGGCCAUGUUAGAAAUCCAGUAUGAAAAUGAGGUUGGUACAGGUCUUGGGCCUACACUGGAGUUUUAUGCGCUUGUAUCUCAGGAACUACAGAGAGCUGACUUGGGUCUUUGGAGAGGUGAAGAAGUAACUCUUAGCAAUCCAAAAGGGAGCCAAGAAGGGACCAAGUAUAUUCAAAACCUCCAGGGCCUGUUUGCGCUUCCCUUUGGUAGGACAGCAAAGCCAGCUCAUAUUGCAAAGGUUAAGAUGAAGUUUCGCUUCUUAGGAAAAUUAAUGGCCAAGGCUAUCAUGGAUUUCAGAUUGGUGGACCUUCCCCUUGGCUUACCCUUUUAUAAAUGGAUGCUACGGCAAGAAACUUCACUGACAUCACACGAUUUGUUUGACAUCGACCCAGUUGUAGCCAGAUCAGUUUAUCACCUAGAAGACAUUGUCAGACAGAAGAAAAGACUUGAACAAGAUAAAUCCCAGACCAAAGAGAGUCUACAGUAUGCAUUAGAAACCUUGACUAUGAAUGGCUGCUCAGUUGAAGAUCUAGGACUGGAUUUCACUCUCCCAGGGUUUCCCAAUAUCGAACUGAAGAAAGGAGGGAAGGAUAUACCAGUCACUAUCCACAAUUUAGAGGAGUAUCUAAGACUGGUUAUAUUCUGGGCACUAAAUGAAGGCGUUUCUAGGCAAUUUGAUUCGUUCAGAGAUGGAUUUGAAUCAGUCUUCCCACUCAGUCAUCUUCAGUACUUCUACCCGGAGGAACUGGAUCAGCUCCUUUGUGGCAGUAAAGCAGACACUUGGGAUGCAAAGACACUGAUGGAAUGCUGUAGGCCUGAUCACGGUUAUACUCAUGACAGUCGGGCUGUGAAGUUUUUGUUUGAGAUUCUCAGUAGUUUUGAUAAUGAGCAGCAGAGGUUAUUUCUCCAGUUUGUGACUGGUAGCCCAAGAUUGCCUGUUGGAGGAUUCCGGAGUUUGAAUCCACCUUUGACAAUUGUCCGAAAGACGUUUGAAUCAACGGAAAACCCAGAUGACUUCUUGCCCUCUGUAAUGACUUGUGUGAACUAUCUUAAGUUGCCGGACUAUUCAAGCAUUGAGAUAAUGCGUGAAAAACUGUUAAUAGCAGCAAGAGAAGGGCAGCAGUCGUUCCAUCUUUCCUGAUCACAACAAGAAAUGCAAUGUCUGCCUGUUACAGCAAAAGAAACAAAUCAUGAUUUCUUUUCUAAUGUAUCACCUGAGUCAAGGAAACAUGUUACGCCUUCUUGUUGUAGGAAAAACGGCUUGCAGAUUAUAAAGAGACAUUUGGUUGAUAUUCAUUAAUGGCCCCAUGGACUUAAAGUGAUCAGGCCCUAAAAUGUUGUUGUGAUGAGGUUUCUUUAGCAAGUUCUUGUUUAAAUUAUCAUUUAUUUGAUGAGUGAAGUUUUUAACAUGCUUUGCUGUGUGAAAUUUAAAAAAGGGAUGUUUUUCCAGGCUGGAACAAUAAAUGUCGCUGUGCAGUUUAA